AUGGUUUACGUUUACGUUUUCAAAUUCAGAUUCGGAAUCCGAAUAGAACGCCGACGCGUCGUGCCCGCCGCCGGCGCCGCCAUCGCGCGGGCGCGCUUGCGUCGACGCGAACACGAGAAGCGUACGCGCGAUCUGAUGAUGCAGCGCGUAAGUCGAGUCAUCGACGCCGCCACCGCGACGUCGAGCGACCUCGCGCGCGGCGUCGACGACCGCAAGGAGAAACGUCUCGAGCGCGGGCGCCGCGUCGGCGCCGCCCUCGCGCGGGCGCGCGUCGCAGAACGCUUUCCACGCCGGGCGGCGCUCGCGUCGUCGUCGUCCGAUAUCAUGUCCGACACAUUCUCCGACACCUUCACCGUCACCUCGGUCGUCGGCGCGUCCUUCCACGAGCCGCUUCGCGACGAGCGCGACGAGGACGACGCCGUUCGUCGCCGCGACGACGCGGUCGUCGCUCGUCGCGCGGCUACUUUCCCGAUCCCGACGCCGAUCCCCCUUCUCCUCUGUCUCCUCGACGUCGACCUCGCGGAGGCGCUUCGCCGCGUGGACGAGCAGCGACGCGAGGUUUCCGCUGCGCGCGGAGUUGCGGACAAGCGCGUCCGCGACGCGCGAGCCGAGCGUCUCCUCGAGCGCGGCGGGAUCGACGGACGCGAGCGCGACGCGCGGCGUGCCGUCGUCGUCGUCGUCUUCCUCGUCGACCGCGCGGAGCUCGAGGAGGUCGGUCCAGAAGACGUCGGCGAGGGGGAUCGCGGCCGCGCCGGCGAGACGCGCGAGGAGCGCGAGGACGCGCGGGGAAGAGAGCGCGGCGUCCGCGGCCGCGGCUGCGGUCGACGCGCUCGCUCCCAUCACGCCGCGCGGGGCGCUGUGACGAUGCUGACCUCUCAGAUGCUGGUAGGCUGGAGCCUCGUCAGACGAAAAGAAGCGUGA